UAGUUCUUAUUCUUACAUGUUUCGCAACUAUUGUAAUGAUUAUAUAAGUCGUUGGUACAUAUAUAAAAUCCUCACAUACAUAUGUACAUCAUAACUUUCCUUCUUCUCAAUCUCAUCCAAAAAAAAAAAAAAACACAUUAAAGCUACAUUAAUUCUUUGUUCUAAAAAUGUGUGAUCAUCAUACCAAGGCUGAUGAUCUUGAUAAUGAUCAUGAUCAUGUAGUUCAUCACAACAAGAUUUUGAUAAAAUCAGCCCUAGUAAGAGUCCCAUUUCGAAUAACCACAACAACCCUACUCAGCCUUCUUCUUCCUCUGGCUUUUCUCCUCCUGGCCAGGAUCGCCUGUGCUCGUUUCCUCCUCAGCCAGCUCCAACCCUCACCACCUUUCUUCUCCAUUUUCCUCCACACCAACCCUGCAAUCCUCUACCUCAUAGUCUCCACCAUAAGCAUCGCUACACUCGUCCACACCCUAACAGUAGGCAAGCUCACUCUACUCAGCGAGUCACUGCCACCGCUGACCACAGCUCUCCUCCGCCGCCCUAGUCUCUGCGCCGCCUGGGUUUUCCUGUGCACAUUACAAGUCUGCGUCGGUUUGGGGAUCGAAGGAACCGUGGCUUUGGGCACUGAUUUCUCGAGCUUCGGUACGGACAGGACUUUGCUCAGUCGAGUUAUAUUCUUUCUUGGUCUGCAUGAGACGAUGCUUCAUUGGUCGAGGAUGGUGGUGAAGCCGGUGGUGGACGACACCAUAUUUGGUGUCGUUUCGAGGAACGAGAAGUGGUUUGAGAGAGGAGCCAUGGCUGGGAGUUUUGGUGGGUUGUGGUACUGGCGGUUGAGGGACGAGGUUGAGUCGUUGGUGGUGGUGGCCGAGGCUAAAGGUGAGAUGUUAAUGGAGGUUGGCAUGGCUGACUUUGCUGGUUGGUGGUUGUAUUACCUGACUGUGACCAUUGGUAUGGUGAAAGUCAUUAAGGGUCUUAUGUGGGUUGGCAUGUCUUUGUUUUGUAGGAGAGUAGGUAGAAUCUCAACCGAAAUAAUUGACUCCAAUAGUGUUAUUACUUUAAAUGUUGUUGAAGAAAAAGUCUGAACUACUAAGCAAAACUUUUCAUUCAUUCUAUGUUUUAAUUAUACUUGUAUUUUAUUUUCUUUUACUCCUCUAAGAUGUAUAAAAAAUUUCUUUGAAAAAGAAAAAAGAAGAAGAAGAAGAAGAAGAAGAAAAGAUUUUUUGUUUU